UAUGACUUAUGCUUAUAUUCAUCGUUUUUGGUCGAUAAUAAUGAUUCUUUAUAAUAAUGACAUGUUGAGCAUGUUUAGCUUAUAUAAUUUGUCUUAGCCAAAAAAAAAAAGAAAACGUAUAUAAUUUGACUCGUUGAACUAUUUUUUUAAUAUGCUUAGAUUCCACUAUCUAAAAAAACAUUUAAUGCAGGUCAUAUGUAAUGCACAUUAAAGGUUUCAUCUCCGAUACUUUAUUAAUAUCACAAUUAAUGGACAAUUAAUUAAUAUUCAACGGCAGUGUAACUAACGGCUGCCGUUAGUUAAUUGAGUCUGUUACUUGCUUGAUUUUUCUUCUCGAAGCUUGACUUUUGAAACAGAAUGCUGUUUAACCUCCUUAAACAGAAUAUUCUCUUUUUUAGUACUUUGAUUGUAUUCCUCUAUAUAAACCUCUCUCGCGAAUCAGAGAUACGAGGAAAACUAAACAAUAAAAAAGAAUAUUCCGAUGACCGGAGAAUUCGAACUGGAAAAUAACUACCAGCUUUGCGACGAGAUCGGUCGAGGUCGAUUCGGAACAAUCACUCGCUGUUUCUCACCGGCGACUAAAGAAUUCUACGCCUGCAAAACCAUCGACAAGCGCGUGCUCGUUGACGCGCUGGAUCGCGAGUGUAUAGAGACGGAGCCGAGGAUCAUGGCGAUGUUACCGCCGCAUCCGAAUAUAAUCAGGAUCUUCGAUCUCUACGAAACAGAGGAUUCUCUAGCGAUCGUCAUGGAAUUAGUCGAUCCGCCGAUGACGAUUUACGAUCGGUUAAUCUCCGCCGGGGGACGGUUAUCGGAAUCGGAAUCUGCUUCAAACGCGAAACAGAUCCUCCGUGCGCUUGCUCAUUGUCACCGGUGCGACGUCGUUCAUCGGGAUGUGAAACCUGACAACGUCUUAGUCGAUCUCGUAAGCGGCUGCGUUAAGCUCUGUGAUUUCGGAUCAGCGGUGUGGUUAGGCGGAGAAACUGCGGAGGGAGUUGUGGGAACACCGUAUUACGUGGCGCCGGAAGUAGUGAUGGGAAGGAAGUACGAGGAGAAGGUUGAUAUAUGGAGCGCCGGUGUAGUGAUCUACACGAUGUUAGCUGGUGAGCCGCCGUUUAACGGUGAGACGGCGGAAGAGAUCUUUGAAUCGAUCUUGAGAGGGAAUUUGAGGUUUCCGCCGAAGAAAUUUGGAUCGGUAUCAUCGGAAGCGAAGGAUUUGUUGAGGAAAAUGAUAUGUCGCGAUGUUUCUCGGCGAUUUUCUGCAGAAGAUGCUCUUCGACAUUCAUGGCUGAUGAACGUUGGAAACCUCCAAAGCAAAUAAUAGAAGCUUUUACGAUGUGAUUAGAGUGGUAAUAUAUAAUAGAGAUGUGUAUGUGUGUAAUUGCUUGAUUCGAAUAGUCAAAACGUAGUUGUGUUUUUAAAAUUCCUACGUGUUUGGCACUAGAGUAAAGUUGCUUAAUAACAUUUUGUAACGAUUCGGAAUAAAUUUGAUUUUGAGAUCA